AUGUAACUACUUUGGAAAUCGCAUUGGCGUAAUUCAAAAUAGUCACAGAUGUACAUAACCUAUAACCCUUUUAUCCAUGAACAGGUAUCUUAACAGGAUGAUUCGAGCGGUUUUGAUCGAUUUGAGCGGAACUCUGCAUAUAGAUAACAACGCAAUUCCAGGAGCUGUAGAAGCCUUGAAUAAAUUGAGGCAGACUGAUGUAUCCAUUAAGUUUGUUACAAACACAACCAAAGAGAGUAAAAACUUCUUGUACAAUCGCCUAACGAGUUUGGGCUUCACCAUUGAUAAAAGCGAAAUAUUCAGUUCAUUGAGUGCAGCAAGAAGUCUGAUUGUUGAUAGGCAAUUAAAACCUUUACUGCUCCUCUCACCAGAAGCUCUUGAGGACUUUGAGGGUCUCUCCUGUGAGGAAUGUGAUAAACCUAAUGCUGUGGUCAUUGGAUUGGCCCCGAAUGAAUUCCACUACAAUAAACUGAAUGAAGCAUUCCGACACUUAUUAGAUGGUGCUCAAUUAAUAGCAAUCCAUGCAGGUAAAUAUUACAAACGUAACGAUGGAUUGGCUUUGGGGCCUGGAUGUUUCGUCAAAGGAUUGGAGUAUUCGUCUCAAUGUAAAGCGGAGGUUGUGGGAAAACCGAACGAAGAAUUUUUCAAAAAUGCGUUAGGUAAUGUACCUCCCGCAGAGGCAGUCAUGAUCGGUGAUGACGUCACCGAUGAUAUUCAAGGAGCUAUGAAUGCAGGAUUGAUGGGGUAUUUGGUGCAAACUGGUAAAUACCAACAGGGAGAUGAAGAAAAGAUUGGUAAACCUCCAACAGCGGUGGUACCUAGUUUCGUUGAAGCUGUGGAUAGGAUUCUGGAGGGCAUUAAGCAACAAUGAAUUUAGAUAAAAUAGCGUUAUUAGUCUCCCUUUAUAUAAAUAUAA